UGUGAAUAUUACAUUCAAUAUAAGUCCAAUAAUCUAACAUCACAAUCAUACAUUCUCACUUUAUUUUCACUUUCUUAAACUCCGAUCGAAGUCAAACCGGAAAGAAUUUUCCGGGACAGAGGGAGUUUUUGAUAAUGUCAAUCAUCAAACUUAAAUGUUUCUUAAAUGUCUCAAUAAUCAAAUCGCUCUCUCAUGUCUCAAUUUUACAUUAUUCAACACAUUUCAAUCUAAAGUCAAACCUAUGAACGAGUAAAAAUCAAAUUAGUCAACGAACGCAUGCCUUUGAAAUUACAGCUUUCACCCUUCGCCAUUUAUUUAAGGCAUUUUUUCCUAUCAGUUGACACCAAGCGUCUUUCUACGUGCUGCGAGCUUUCAGGCUGAAAUUCCUUCUUCUGAAAAGCCAAUUGAUAUUUCUCUGGGAAAGGAGAAAACAAAGAAAUGUUAAGCAUGUUUCAGAUGAAGCCUUCUCACACUGACCCGGAUACUCAAUCUUCCGAAAAGGAAUCAAAGAUUAGAGAAUUGAGGGCCUUUCUUGAGCCAUUAACGGGACGCAGCUUGAAGUACUGCACUGAUGCUUGUUUAAGGCGAUGUUUGGAGGCUCGAAAUUGGAAUGUUGAGAAAGCCAAGAAAAUGUUGGACGAAACGCUCAAGUGGAGAUUAAUGUAUAAACCAGAAGAAAUACGGUGGAUUGAAGUGGCACAAGAAGGAGAAACUGGAAAGGCAUUUAAAGCCAAUUUCCAAGACCGGUUGGGGAGGCCAGUACUAAUUAUGAGGCCCGGGAAACAGAACUCGUCAUCAGCAGAAGGUUGCAUUCGACAUUUGGUCUUCCUCAUGGAAAAUGCCACCGUCAACCUGGCAGAGGGACAAGAACAAAUGUCUUGGCUGAUUGAUUUCUAUGGUUGGUCAAUGAGCAAGUCCACUCCCAUGAAAUUAGCACGAGAGAUCAUCUACAUUUUGCAGAACCACUACCCAGAAAGGCUUGCGAUUAUAGUUCUGUAUAGCCCACCAAGACUUUUUGAGGCAUUCUGGAAGGUAGUGAAGUACUUUGUGGAUCCAAAAACAACCCAGAAGAUAAAGUUUGUAUAUCCAAAUGAUGAAGAUAGUUUGGAGUUCAUGAAAACCUAUUUUGAUUCUGAGAACCUUCCCAGCGAUUUUGGGGGGAAAGCAACAUUGAAAUAUGAUCAUGAAGAAUUCUCUAGAUUGAUGGCUCAAGAGGAUGUGAAAACUAUAACAUUCUGGGGACUUGAAUAUGAACAGAAAGCACUCAUGUAACGUCAACCCAGAGGCAGUGAGGGUUGGCAGACUUGCAAGCUGGCUAACUACAAUGUGGAAUGAUGUCUGUAAAAUGCAUUUGAUGUGUAACUUUAGUGUUAAACAGAAAUUCAACAGAAAUUCAUGAUUGUGGUUACACUUACACUACCAACCAUCUCCCUCCACCAUGGAAGUAGAUUUUUUAGGUUGGGGUAGGAGAGAAAUAGGUGGAAGAUGAUCACUUUAAUUUAAUAUGAAAAUGAAGACUACAAAUGUAAUCAAAAAAGAAAACCAGAGUUAGAGAUAAGUUGCAGACUUGCAGAUUGUUAGUAUAUGAAACAUACCUCACAUGGGAUUUGAAACGAAAAAGUUGAUGUAAUUUAGUUUAAAACUGAUUUAAAAAUGAAAAUUAAACUAAGUUGAGAGCAUUGAGCAUAUAAGCCAUAAUAAAAAUUUGUGAGGCAAAAAAAGGGACCACAUGUAUAACAGACACAACUCAACCAUUCAAGAUGCUCUAAUAUUAUUGAUUUUAAUGGUACCCAUUUCCCUUAAAUUCAAUAGCCUUUGUUUAUCCUUGCAUAAGACUAUCUCCGUCCCAAAAAAAUAUUC